AUCUCUCUCAACAUAGCCAAAUAAUCAUAUCAGACAUCACACUUUUCAGUGACCCCUUCCCCACUUAGAUGAGGCGUGCUGGUUUCUUUGAAGAGGGCUACUCAGCUCGUGAGGAAGAGUCAUAUCACUCCGAGGAAGAGUUCCACAGCAGCAAUGCCUCUUCUGGUGGGAUGAAGCUUUUUCAGCCUUCCAAAUGCCCAACCAGGGCAGGCCAUGAUGCUGCAGGAUGGAACAACAACAUUAACAAGUUCAAUCACACCUUCAUACACGAGGAAGAAGCAAUGACGGGAUACAAUCGAUUUAGUGACUUCAACGACAGCUUUGGUGAUGGCUAUGGCGGGCACAAUGGCUGCAGCAACGCUGACUGGAUGUAAAAGGCGAUAUAAUAAGUAACGUCCGUCUCAAGGAAGCUAGGAAGUGUGUUGGGACUAUGGCUUUCUUCACUGAUAAUAAGUGUGCCUGUUUGUGCUUGGUUUGUGUGUCUUGUUUGAUGGUUGUUCUGAUGUGGCUUAGUAGCUGGUCUACUUUGCUGGCCUCUGAAUAUGUGUAUUGCUGCUGUCAGAGGUUUCUUAUGAGCUUGAUUCCCUUGUUUUAGCAUGAUUUCAUAAGAGUGGCAACAUAAGCAACUAGAUGAAAAGCAAUGCAAUCAAAGAUGAAGAGUUUCAACUGUAAUGUGAUUCUUCUGGCCCAAAUUGCUUGCGUGAUUAAGGGAGGGUGUUUAAGGUAGAUGCCAUGGCCCAUGAGCACUUAGAAACCCUGGUAAAAGGUUAGAUUUAUUCUUUCAGCAUUACUAUAUGUUGGGGGUACCACUAGGGGCCCAAAGAGAGGCCCAAGAAGGGCCCAUUCAGGCAGGAGUAGUCUUAGACAAUUAUCCAGCAGAAGAAGCCCGCAAAUGGGCCCGCGAAGCCCAUUCCAUACAAGGUGGAAGAGGCAUGAGGACAAAGCGCUAAAGGCCAAAGAAGUCCAGGUUGGCAAGUGGUCCCCCGCCUGCAGGCGCCUGCUAGUCGUCAGAAGCCUGACAAGGCGGUUGAGGCAUCUGACAGGAUUGAAGGUACAAAGCAUUAAAUGCGACGCUGACGU